GAAACACUCCUCGCGCACAGAGGAGAGGACAGAGAGAAGAGGUGAGGAAGUGGAGGAGAGGGGAAGAGAGAGAGAAAUACGGGAGAAAUGGAUUUUAUUCCCGCCGAUCUGCAGGAGCAUUUGUGAGACAAGAUGGGCUGCAUCGGAUCCCGAACCAUCACAGCGGAUGCAGUGCCGGUACGGAAAGAUGGGGAUCAGCAUGGCCGUGCCGAGUUUUCCUGGGAAGGAAUCAAUUUGUCCAUGGAGGAUACAACUUCCAUUCUGCCUCGUUUGAAGAGGAAGUCGACCAACGCGUACGGGAUUGGUGCCCUGGCUAAGUCGUCUCUGUCAGGUGUGUCAGGUGUGACACGCUCCAUGAAGGACAAAGUGACCAAGCCCACCGCCAUGGCACAGGGACGCGUCGCUCACAUGAUUGAGUGGCAGAGCUGGGGCAAACCAUCUGCCGGGCCACUGGGGGCCGCCGGCCUCACCAACCUGCAACGGGAAAAGGAACGGAGGAUGGAGAAUGAUGCCUACAGCGACCUAAGUGAUGGCGAGAAGGAGGCACGAUUUGCUGCAGGUAUUUUGCAACAGUUUGCAAUCUCAGAAGCAACUCUAUUCGGCUGGAACUCCAUGGAUGGGGAGAGUAUGGGGGCCGGCUCGAACCAAGGCAGCGUUGCUCAUCUAAGCGAGGUCAACCAGGAGAGUAUCACCAGCAGAGACCAGGUCCUUCAUCAGUCCUCCGCAGAUGUCUGGCCUCACACCUAUGUCUCCCAGGGCCUGUACUGCCUGUCGUCCUCUGACGCCUGGGACCCAAUCACCAGCCAGCCCUCAGGUGUGGCCUCGCCUGCCGCAGGCUCCUACAUCAUGGCUACAGGUGGCAGCAGUGGAGCAGGAGUUACGCCUGGAGAGAUGUAUGAUGGGACGUUAGGAAGUUACCUUCAGCAGCAUCAGGCUCAGUUCACGCUGCAGCAACACAGUCAACUCCAGCAGCUCCAACAGCUCCAUCACUACCAACAACUGCUGCAGUACCAACAACAACAGUCUCUGGACCAUCGCAUUCAUAGCACCUCCCAAUCCCAACAAGCCACGCCCAACAGCACCAUCCAUAGCCUGGGACCUCCCACGCACCCUCGUUUAGCUGACCUUUGGGGGGCAGCACAGGUCGAGGCUCACCAGGUGGAGAUUGCCGGGCAGCUGAGCGCACAGAUGGCUGACAUGGUUGGAGGCGUGGUGGAGACGGUCGGCGAAGAGCCAGAACCCGAGAGCGAGGACAUCCUGGAACAGCAGGAAGAGGAAGAUGAGGACCUGACGAAGGUCGAAGAGGUUACGUUAACCGUGGAGCCGGAGCCUUGUUCUUUGACCCCAUCCCCGCUGAGGGAGGAGGGACCCCUGACCAGAGGCUCGAGCCCAGGACUGCCAGCACAGACUGUAGAAUCCAUCAUGGAGAGGAUACCAUUCGAUGUCACACCAUGUGUCGUCCAAUCACUGGAGGAGAAGGACGAAGAGGUGGAGGAGGGCUCCAUUGUUGUCGUGGUGACCAAUUGAGGAAAAAAAAUGUCAAAAACUUGAAUCAAAUACUACAAUAAUCAGUUAAGCUAUUCUAUUUCUCCCAUCAACCUCCAAACUAUUUACCCACUUUGUUGGAGAGGAGAUCCGAGGACACAAAUUAGAUGCCAAGAAUGAAGAUAACUGAUGAAAACAUGGAAUAUUAUGUCCUUAAGUGCAAGAACAAAAUGUUUGGACAAGUUGGACCACAGAAUGGCGGCCAAGGCAACAACAAAAAGGCCUAAAAAAAAAAAAUAUAUAUAUAUAUAUAUAUAUAUAUAUAUGAAAAAAAAGACUUCAGUGCAAUACAGUCAACAUGCAGAAAACCAGAUGUGGGUGAAACAGUAAUUGAAAAUAAUCCUGAGUGUUUGGUUCAUAGGACUUUGAGCACCAGAAGAGGGCUCGGGUUUGCUGUGCGACUGCUUUAAUAUUUCAACCAUUUUUAGCCAUUUUCAAAAAUACAGAACUGGAACAGUGAAGUGUAAGAGUCCUGCUGGGUUCAGUUCAUUCUGCUGCUCCAUUGAAAUGAACUUUCACUAGUUUGAUAAAAAAAAACAAUGUUUUACUAUGAAAUAUU